ACUGGAUCGACCAGCUCGGUCAGCUCCAAAGAAUCGAGCCAGGCCAGGAAGCACUCUUCUGAGGAGGAGUCGCCCGAAGCCAAGCGGCAAAAGUUCCUGGAACGCAACAGAAUGGCGGCGUCGAAAUGCCGCGAGAAGAAGCGGUUGCAGACCCUCAAGACGAUUGCAGAUGCGGAUGCGAUCACAGCACGCAACCAGGCUCUGCACGAGUCGUUGGACGAGUUGCAGGAGGAGGUUCGAACGCUUAAGAACCAGAUUUUGUGCCAUCGUGACUGC